AUGGCCGCGCAGGAAAACACGCAGCGCCCGCCUACCCCGACAAUCCUCAAAGAUGCAUACACCCUCAGCGCUUCCAGCGACCUGACCAUCUCGGUACAGGGCCCAAAGGACAACGAAGGCCAGCGCCCGAUCGUCCGCUUCAAAGUGGAGAAGAGCGCCGUAACGUGCUUCUCGCAGUACUUUGAAAAUAGCCUCCGCUUCAAUACCAAGUUCGGCCACGAGGUGAUUCUCAAGGACGAUGAUGCAGGCGCCGUGCGUGUGUGGUUGAUCUACAUGCAUGCUGCCGCGACGUAUGCUACCAAGCAGCCGCAAUCGAAGAUGGACAGUGUGUGUUCGAACGGGAAGCCGAAAAAGAUUGCCGAGGUGGAUGGGCAGAGGCUCUUCAACAGCCCUGGCGUGGCGGACACGAACAUCACUCGCAUCUGGCACAUCAUUAACGCCGGGGAUAAGUAUCUCUUCGAUGUCUCACUUCUGUGUGGGUUCUUUGAGAAGUGGUAUGCGAAACACGUCAACCUCGCGAGAGGUGACGCGGACCUCUUCAGGCAGCUGGCUUUCCCGUGCUACAUGUUCGAUCAUGCGCAAGGCUUCUCUGCCGUCACGAACUGGCUCGCUUACAACUUCGAUGGCCAUAUCACCGAGAAGCGACCAAUCGGCAUCAAAUUCAAGCACAUGCACCUCGCUCCGCCAGAUUUCGUAGGUCCCAUGAAUCACGCUCGCGGCAGCCUUAAGACCGUUCUCCAUCGCGGGAUAUGGGACAAGGCUGGUGAAGUACUCAAGAAGGGCGAAGACAAGUGUCGCUGCGGCAAGUGGGCGUCAGUCUGUGGUCGUUACUUCGCCGAGCUCGUAAAGAUCGACGCAUAUCCCCUCGAGAUGGUCUUCCCGAAGAACAGCAUCAACACCAUCCUUUCUCGUCUGGGGAGAUUUGAACUUGGAAGCAUCGGGAACUGUAGCAUCUGCUCUCCGGAUUGGGACGCGUGCAUCGAGCGGGCGAUUUCCAGCACGACGAACAGUUUCGAUGGACUGUGCAUUGAUUGCAUGGAGACGAGCCGACCGAAGCGUGACGGGGAUGCUGACUAUUGGAAGAAGCUAGGUAGCGACAAUGGACGAUUCGACCGCCAAUGUAGGGUCCGCCAUGGGCAGAAGACCUGGUAUAUCAGCUGGUGCGGACGCGACGAGCAUAGGCGCAAGCUUAUGGAUGAACAUUUCGAGAAGCGUUCGGGUUUCUACUAG